CUUGAGUCCAGCUUGUUCAAGGAGGCCAAGGGCUGAGCCCCGAGGAUACCAUGUCAUUAGCCUCUAGCCUCCCCGGACUUUUCCUCCUUAGUGGCCCUGGGAAGACGGAAGAUGCGCACGCCCGCCCAGACUCUUACCCUAUCAAUGACAUCUUUCACACUUUAAACACACUUCACCGUCGCCAUAAUUACCACCAUACUCUCAGUCACAUUCGCCCAUUGCUCCUCUUCCUCUUCCACCACAACUUUUACGCCAUAAUCCCAGGAUCGUCCUCGCUAUGAAUUGUCCUUCUCGCACGGAAGAUGACCUCUUCCACCCGGAUUGGAAUCAGAACCCGCCGCGCUUUGCACCGGACUUGACCACGUGCGAGGAUAUGGGCUACAUCGCCAACGCAAGGGAACUUGGUGAUGCCGCCCGUCUGCGAGCUGGAUACCUCGACCUUGACCAGUCCAACCUUGACGCUUCUCUCGCUCAAUUGCCAGAUAAUUCACCGCCCUUUGCCAGCGUGGGUGACAAGUGUCCUCCACAAGGACCUUGCACCCACCUGGCAACCAAUGCUAAAUAUCAUGAGUACCAAGCUGGCCACCAGCAGCUUCCUCCACGUACUUGGCUAAGCACGUGCAAAGGAUGGGCUUCUUGGCUACUCUCCGUGCUGUUCACAUCAGCAGUUUUAACCCUCAUCAAUCAAUAUAGACAAGUUGGCCUUGGAGGAAUGUCUCAAUUCAUUUCCGGAUCUACCAAGAAUAUAGAGGUUUCUUCUGUUUUGCAGCAUCUACCCAACCAUGGACCUUCGGCAUCACCCUCCUCCGGCCUCCUGAAAAGAGAUGGAUGUGCAACUGGCGGUGCCGGACCUGGCUACAACCUCUCUCUCCAUGUCGGGGCUUUGUUCAUUAUCCUGUUCGUAUCUACCACUGGCUGCGCCUUCCCAGUACUUGUUCUCAAGUUUCCUCGCCUUCGUAUACCCGCAACGUUUUUGUUUUCUGUCCGGCACUUUGGAACCGGUGUGCUCAUCGCAACUGCAUUUGUCCAUUUGCUUCCAACCGCGUUUAUAUCCCUCGGAAACCCAUGUCUGUCCGAUUUCUGGACCGAGCGCUACCAAGCCAUGCCUGGAGCAAUUGCCUUGGCAGCCAUUUUCUUUGUCACACUGGUGGAGAUGGUAUUCUCGCCAGGCCGACAUGCAUGUGGUAGCAACGAGGGCGUGACAGCUGUAUCUCGAGGCACACACAACCACAAUCAUCAGCAUGCCCACAACUCCACCGACCCUGACGAUAAUACUGGAAGGAGGGAUCGCGCUGUAUCGCCAAUUCGAUCCAUCGCACCCGACGAAACUAUGCGCACCCGCGGAGGACCACUUCGAGGCAGACACGACAGCAUCAGCCGUACCCUUUCACGUAUGGGCGAAGAAAGCCAAGCGCUUGAUAUUAUCGAAUUCCGCCGUCGCGAAACAUUGCGCGCAGAAGAAAAGACUUUCGACUACGACGUGGAGGAUUCCGAUAGGAACCAACCCCUAUCCGGCCUGACGCCAGAGCAAGAGCACAAAAAAGCCGUGAUGCAGUGUUUCCUCUUGGAAAUGGGAAUCCUGUUCCACAGCAUUUUCAUCGGCAUGUCUCUAAGCGUAUCCGUCGGCAGCGAAUUCGUAAUUCUGCUUAUCGCCAUUAUCUUCCACCAAACGUUCGAGGGUCUGGCCCUCGGAGCACGCAUCUCCAUGAUCGACUGGCCUGAGAAGGCCAUCCAACCCUGGAUCAUGGCGCUAGCCUACGGUUGCACUACCCCACUGGGCCAAGCAAUCGGCAUCGCGACCCACACCCUCUACAGCCCCGACUCGGAGAUCGGCCUCAUCGUCGUCGGCGUCAUGAACGCCAUCUCUGCCGGCCUGCUCGUCUUCGCGUCGCUCGUCGAACUCAUGUCCGAGGACUUCCUCAGCGAUGCCAGCUGGCACGUUCUCCGCGGCAAGAAGCGCUUCUGGGCCUGCGUUCUUGUAUUCAUGGGCGCCUUUCUCAUGAGUCUGGUUGGCGCUUGGGCUUAAAAUGCUCAUACACUGGACAUAGUAUAUUGACAUAACUCGCUACGCACAUACGGUACUUUGGAACACGGCAAACUCGCCAACUGAACUAAAUAGCACGAACGAACGCUACGCUCCUCAUGAGAGGAUUAUAUAGGAGACGCGCUUGGCAUGUGAACGAGCAUGUAAAUGAACCGUAGAUCUAUCGAUAUACUCUAGCAUAUCGCGCUUGCUUUACAUACC